AUGGCCUCGACAACGACCAAGCAGAGCCCGACGUCCUUUGUCGGGACCAGCAAGGUCGUCGAGACUAGCUAUCCGCUCAUCGACAACGAUCCUCACUUUAAGCGGGUUGUUGGAUAUGCGAGGACGUCAGACUACGUAGCUGGUGCAACCUCUGCGGCCUUUGCACCGGCUGCUCUCUAUGCCCUCGAGAGGCUCGCCCCGUCGCAUGUUGGCAGGGGUGGUUUUGCCAAAGCCAUGCGGUUGGCCGGAUUCAUUGGCUUGGCCGGCGGUUUCCUCUACUUUUACCAGCGAUCAGCCCUUCGAUUCUACGGCGCCACCGAAAACUCAAGGGAGGUGGAGAUGGACAUGCGAGAGAUGGUUGCCAAGGUCAAGGCGGGACAACCUCUAUAUGGCGAGAGCAAACUGAGCCCGCACCUGCAGGGAGUUGCGGCCCGACAGAGCAGAUACUCUGCGCUCUUCUUCAGCACAGUACCGUGGUUCAACUUUGUCAACCACAACCAGCACGGCGUGGACACGGCCAAGUACUAUCAGCAGGCCGAGAGGGAACUGGAAGCAGAGCGG